CGGGACCGGGUGCGGCGGUGGGUGCGGCGGGGCUGGUGCUACGGUGCUGCGCGCGCCAUGUCGGGGCGCUCGGUGCGGGCCGAGACCCGCAGCCGCGCCAAGGAUGACAUCAAGAAGGUGAUGGCAGCCAUCGAGCGCGUCCGCAGAUGGGAGAAGAAGUGGGUGACGGUGGGCGACACGUCCCUCCGGAUAUUCAAGUGGGUGCCUGUGGCGGACAGUAAGGAGAAAGAGAAAUCCAAAUCGAGUAGCAGCACAGCCCGAGAACCCAAUGGCUUCCCAGCUGACACCUCUGCCAACUCCUCCCUCCUUCUGGAGUUUCAAGGUGCUGUUUCUGCAGAUGAGAACAGCAACCAGAGCUCCCUGUCUGACGUGUACCAGCUCAAGGUGGACAGCAGCCCCAACUCCAGCCCCAGUCCCCAGCAGAGUGAGUCCAUGAGUCCUGCCCACACGUCUGACUUCCGCACAGAUGACUCACAGCCUCCUACCCUGGGGCAGGAGACCCUGGAAGAGCCCUCCCUGCCUUCCUCAGAAGUGGCAGAUGAGCCUCCCACUCUUACAAAGGAAGAGCCAGUCCCCCUUGAGACUCAGGUAACUGAAGAGGAGGAGGACUCCGGUGCACCACCUCUAAAGAGAUUUUGUGCUGACCAGAACUCUGUGUGCCACACGGCCUCGGAGAGCUAACCUGCAUGGCCCGGCUCCUUCGCCAGCCUCUUGCAGAGCCGCCUGGCCUCCCAGGACCAGCGCUUUCCCUCCAGCCUGCCCCUUCCCCAGUGUCGGGGCUCUUACCACUCACAUCAAGCGUGCCCUUCCCUGCCCUGCCCCUGCGUGACGGAUGGCGCUGCUGCCAGUACCUGCAAA